AUGUACGAUAACGAUUGCAUAAUAGAAAAACUUUCAAAUGAGUUAUUAAUUUAUAUAUUCAGCUUCCUUAGUAUUAAAGACAUAUGCAACCUAAAAGAAACUUGCUUAAGGUUCCACAACCUUAUUGGUUCCUGGGAUAAUACUAUAAUAAAAGGGCAUGCUCCUUUAGUGACGAAUCAAAUAAGUCCUCUUUUUAUUACCAGAUGUCGGGAGAGAUUUAAGACAAAACUAGAAAAGCUUAGAGUUGAAAGCAACUGGAUCAAGGGAAAGUAUAAGGAAUAUUCGUAUUUCCACGUAAAAAAAAAGUACAUGCCUUGGCUUCACUUGGAUCAAAAAUUUUUAUGGUUUAGUCGAGGGCAGCAAAUUUAUGUUUACAAGCGGUCAAAGAAUUUUAUUAAUCAAACUCCAUUCAAAGUAGUUUAUCCAAAUGGCCGUGCAGACGUUACCAAAUUUCAAGUAAAAGCGGACUUGCUAGUGAGUGGACUUAGUGAUGGAGGUGUUUAUCUGCAAUCAUUAAAAAAUUCAGAUGUAUUUUGUUUGAAAAGUGGGACUUCCUACACAUAUUCAGUAGAUUUCUGUAGUCAAUUUGUAGCUUCAGCUCACAGAGAUAAUACUUUGAAAAUCAGAUUUAUUAGAAAUGAAGAAUUGUUAGAAUUAGACGACUGUCUUUCAAAGCGAGUUUGUGAUCGACCUUGGUGUGUCUCCUUCAAUGAUGAUGGAAGCCGUUUGGCCAUUGGAACAUCAGCAAUCAGUGACCGUCACAGAUCUGUUUCUGUCUAUGAUUUGGAGAGAUUUGAGGAAUGUGUAGAUUUGGAAAACACCUGCAAAUCCUGUGGUACUCUGGACCUUAAAUGGGAUGGUCCUAAUAUCAUUUGGUCAUGCGGAAUGGACAAAUUGAAAAAGUGGGACUUGCGAGUUGGUAAAGUCGUGCAAGAGUUUGAAGAUCCAUUCCAUUAUAAUUUAUAUUGCCUGGACUAUGACUAUUACAACACUGUCAUGGUUGGGACAUAUAUGAAUGGCAGGGUUGUCCUCUGGGAUGUGCGGCACAAACAGUGCAUCCAGCUAUUCUUUAUGAAUUCUUGUCGCGGUAAGCAGCAAAGCUCUCCAGUAUACAGUUUGGCCUUCGACUCAGUGUGUUUAUUUGCCGCGACUGACCAAAAUCUCAACAUUCUCAACUUUGACUCCUACCAAAGCGCAGGCAAGGAUUACAAAGUUUUUAUUUAAGCAUCGCCAUUAAGUUCGGUCCAGUUUAAUAAAGUUUUC